AUGGCGCUGGAAGGAACCAACAGUUAUGUUGCUCCUAGCAACCUAACAGAGCCCUCGGACUCCCUACCUAUCUUCGACGUCCAGCGGGUGCAGCUCCAGUUCCCUAUCGCCGCGGACUUCGUAGCGGCUCAAGUCGCAAACAAUGUUCUAGUGUUGGCGCUGUCGACUGGCCGCAUUCUCCGAAUUGAUCUCGAUACCCCUGAAGACAUUGAUGACAUCGACCUCCCAAAGAAGUCCUCGGAGACUGGUUUGAUCCGACGCAUGUUCCUGGACCCAUCAGCAUCUCAUUUGAUUGUCAGUACUACGCUUGGCGAGAACUAUUACCUUCAUACCCAGUCGCGACAGCCCAAGGCCUUGUCCCGGUUAAAGGGAGUCUCAAUCGAAAGCAUUGCCUGGAACCCUUCUCUACCCACUGCAUCGACUCGUGAGAUCCUCUUGGGAACCACUGAUGGCAAUGUCUACGAAACCUACAUCGAACCGUCUACGGAAUUCUAUCGGCGCGAGGAGAAGUACGUCGCUGCAGUUUACAAGGUUCCAGACGCCUCGCCAGUCAUUGGAAUAUGCGCCGAGCCCGUCCCCGCGAGACCCGAACAACGGAGGGUCUUUGUUGCGACAUAUGGAAAGUUGAUACACUUCCUAGGUCGUGCCGGAGCCACAAGGCAGGGCAGGGAAGGCGGUGGUUCCAUAUACACGGAGCUUUUUCAGCGCGAGACGCCUUCGAUCCAGGACGGCUCAAACCUGUCUGGCUCUGCGCCGGCCUCUCUGACGGUUUCCCCCUCUGCUUCCGGAGGCCCCCAGACAGAAGGAUCCAUGGAGAAGGAGUUCGCGUGGCUGAGUGCUCAAGGAAUCUACCAUGGGCAAUUGUCUUCUAGCGACCUAUUCGAACACGCGAGUCUCCUUCCACGCUCAAAAUAUCCAGCUUCUCAAUCUGCUCGCGGUGGUAGGAAAAUGAUCCAGGAUCCAAUCUCCUCAGUGACGUUAUCCCAGUGGCAUGUGUUGGCUCUGGUUGAAGGUCGAGUGGUUGCUGUGAAUCGCCUGAGCGAAGAAAUUGUGUAUGAUCAAGCUGUCCUGGAGCCUAGGCAGAGUGCUCUGGGCUUGUUGACCGACUUGACACAAAGCACAUACUGGCUGUUUACCGGGCAGGAGAUCUUUGAAGUUGUCGCUAAUGAUGAGGAUCGCGAUGUGUGGAAGGUUUUCUUGAAGGAAAAGAAGUUUGACGAAGCCCUUCAAUAUGCUCACAGUCAAGCACAGCGUGAUGCUGUCUUGACUGCUUCGGGAGACCAUCUUGCUGCAGGUGGUAACUUUCUGGAGGCAGCGAAAGUCUGGGGCAAAAGCAGCAAGGGCUUUGAGGAGGUUUGUCUGACAAUGGUGGAUAACAAAGAGUAUGAUGCUCUGCGGAAGUACCUUUUGUCUCAAUUAUCUACCUAUAAGAAGGCGUCUGUCAUGCAGAGAAUCAUGGUUGCAAGCUGGCUUGUGGAGCUUUUCAUGUCGAAACUGAAUUCUUUGGACGACAACAUUGCUACCAAGGCCGAGUUGACAGAGGGCGCCACCACGGGUGAGAUCAAGGAUCAACUGGGCAGCGUACGAGCCGAAUUCCAGGAUUUUGUGACCAAGCACAAGGCUGACUUGGACAAAAAAACGGUCUACGAUAUCAUCAGCAGUCACGGACGGGAGGCAGAGUUGCUAUUUUUUGCGACCAUCACCAACGACCACAACUACGUGCUGUCUUAUUGGAUUCAACGCGAGAAAUGGUCAGAGGCUUUGAACGUCCUGCAGCGACAGAGCGAGCCCGACGUCUUCUACAAGUACAGCAGUGUCCUCAUGACCCAUGCGGCUACUGAACUCAUUGAGAUUCUUAUGCGGCAGACGAACUUGGAUCCCGAGAGACUUAUUCCUGCCUUACUAAACUACAACAAGACUGCCAGUAUCUCUCUCAACCAGAACCAGGCCGUUCGUUAUCUGAACUUCAUCAUUGUCAACCACCCUCACCCAUCUGCUGCUGUUCAUAACACACUCAUCUCGAUUCAUGCCUCCAGUCCGUCAGCCUCGGAAGCCGGACUGCUCACUUAUCUCCAAUCGCAAUCCUCUUCACCACCUCUAUACGAUGCAGACUUUGCUCUUCGACUUUGUAUCCAGCACAAGAGGGUCCAAUCAUGCGUCCACAUAUACAGUGCGAUGGGUCAAUACCUUCAAGCAGUAGAGCUCGCCUUGGAACACAAUGACAUUGAGCUCGCGGCUAUUGUCGCCGAUCGCCCAGAUGGCAACGACAAGCUACGCAAAAAACUCUGGCUUCUGGUCGCGGAGAAGAAGAUCCGCCAGCCCGGUACAGGAAUCAAAGAUGCAAUUGAAUUCUUGCGCCGCUGUGAGCUUCUGCGCAUCGAAGAUCUCAUCCCCUUCUUCCCAGACUUUGUCGUCAUCGAUGACUUUAAAGAUGAAAUCUGUACCGCACUGGAAGAUUACUCGCGCCAUAUCGACGCUCUACGACAAGAGAUGGACAACUCCGCACAAACAGCUCGGCAAAUUCGCUCCGAGAUCGCUGGCCUAGAUUCCCGCUAUGCGAUUGUAGAGCCGGGUGAGAAGUGCUGGAUCUGCUCGUUGCCUCUUCUAAGUCGCCAGUUCUUUGUCUUUCCCUGUCAGCAUGCCUUCCACAGUGACUGUCUGGGUAAGGAGGUGCUGGAAGGUGCUGGAGGUAAGAAGAAAUAUAUUCGUGAUUUGCAGGGGCAGCUGAGCAAGAGCGAUAUUACCCCGUCACGACGAGACGAGAUUGUGAAGGAAUUAGAUGGACUGGUUGCUGAAGCCUGUAUCCUGUGCGGUGACCACGCUAUCAAGCAAAUCGACAAGCCCUUCAUCACGGCCUCGGAGACAACAGAUGAAUGGACUCUGUAA